AUGAAGCUCGUCAGAUUCCUGAUGAAAUGUGCUAAUGAAACUGUCACGAUUGAGCUCAAGAAUGGCACCAUCCUCCACGGCACCAUCACCUCCGUCUCCCCCCAGAUGAACACCGCUCUCCGCGCCGUCAAAAUGACACCCAAAGGCCGCGACCCGAUUUCUCUCGACACCAUCAAUAUCCGUGGUUCAACAAUCAGAUAUUACAUCCUGCCUGACUCGCUGCCGUUGGAUACGCUGUUGAUCGAUGAUGCGCCGAAGCCAAAGAAUAAGGCUAGGAAGGAGGUCGCUGAUAGGGGUGGGCGUGGAGGGAGGGGGGGACCGAGGGGCAGAGGCAGAGGUGGUGGUGGUGGUGGUGGGUUCAGGGGUGGGAGGGGAAGGGGUGGUGGGAGAGGUUUCUAG